GUCAGCCAGACAGCGGCUGGGGGUGAGGAUAUUUGAGGAGGGGGGCUCCUCCUCGGUGAGCACAGGGGGAGGAGGAGGGAGGAGGAGAAGGAUGGGCCUCGAACACAGACUUGCAAUGGCACUGCAAAAAUUGGAUUAAAGCAGUAUGCUGGACAAGAGCGAGGUGUCAACUCUCGGCUUACCCUCCACCACCAGCCAUGGAGGCUCUGACAGUAACAUCAGCGCGGACGGAGCGGCGGUGGUGGCAGCAGCAUCAACACCAACACCAACACCAACACCAACACCAACACCAUCAUCUGGGGUCAUGGCCUGUGGGGGUGCAGAGAGUUUUGGGGUUGGUGAGCUGCAGCGUACGCGUGUUGCCCUUGACCACCUGCAGCAGAAGGUCCUGAAGGUCACCGAGCAGAUUCGUGUGGAGCAGGAGGCCCGUGACGACAACGUUGCAGAGUACCUGAAGUUAGCCCACAACGCAGACAAACAGCAGGCGUCCAGGAUCAAGCAGGUGUUCGAGAAGAAGAACCAGAAAUCAGCGCAGACCAUCGCACACUUGCACAAGAAACUAGAGCACUAUCACAAGAAGCUUAAGGAGAUCGAACAGAAUGGACCGGCCCGGCAGCCUAAGGAUGUCCUGCGGGAAAUGCAGCAGGGAUUAAAGGACGUCGGGGCCAAUGUUCGUGCUGGAAUAAGUGGUUUUGGAGGUGGAGUAGUUGAUGGGGUCAAAGGUGGAGUAUCUGCCCUCACUCACACAGCCGUGGUCUCCAAGCCCAGAGAGUUUGCCAGUCUAAUCAGGAACAAGUUUGGCAGCGCGGAUAACAUUGCUCAUCUAAAGGACUCGCUCGAGGACGGAGUCGGGGGCCACUCUGACGACCCCCUGACACAUCGUGCACUGAGUGGAAGUGCCACUCUGGUCUCCAGCCCAAAGUACGGCAGCGACGACGAGUGCUCCAGCGCCACGUCCUGCUCCGGAGCGGGCAGCAAUUCUGGUGGUGCAGGCGGAGGAGGGGGGGGACUGUUAGGACCAACCAUGGGGAGCCCCAGACUGGACGGGCACCAUCACCAUCACCAUCACAUGCACAGCUCCUGGGACACUCUACUUGAGGGCCUGCAGGAGAUCAAAGCCAGCCAGGCGCACAUGGAGGACGCCAUCGAGGACAUGAAGGGCCAGCUGCAGAGCGACUACUCCUACAUGACACAGUGCCUGCAGGAAGAGAGAUACAGGUAUGAGCGACUUGAAGAACAGCUGAAUGACUUAACAGAGCUGCAUCAGAAUGAGAUGACUAACCUUAAACAGGAGCUCGCCAGCAUGGAGGAAAAAGUUGCCUACCAGUCUUAUGAGAGAGCGAGAGAUAUUCAGGAGGCCGUGGAGUCGUGCCUGACCCGCAUCACCAAGCUGGAGCUGCAGCAACAGCAGCAGCAGGUGGUCCAGCUGGAGGGAGUGGAGAAUGCCAAUGCUCGAGCUCUGCUGGGCAAACUCAUCAACGUCAUCCUGGCGCUCAUGGCCGUACUGCUGGUGUUUGUCUCCACCUUGGCCAACUUCAUCACCCCACUGAUGAAGACCCGGGCCCGGGUGGGUGCCACCGUCCUCCUGACCUUGCUGCUGUUCGUCCUGUGGAAGCAUUGGGACUUCCUGGAGCCGUGGCUGCUGCCCAGCUGAGCUCCCUGGGAGAGAGUCACUCUCAGUCACCGUCACUGAAGGAAUCAGGGACUAAAAUAGAAAGAGGGCCUCUGUGCUUGUUCCCUUUGAGUGUGAAGGUGGAGCAUGUGAGGACAAAACACGGCACUUUCAGAUGAGGAAUGAACACCAUUCGGCCUGCAGAGAGUGUUGUGUUUACAGGGAAAAAAGAACAGGAAUUCUCUGCUUGUCAAGCGUCAAAAGACAUCAUCUCAUCUCGCCCUAAUCUCCUGGUGUUGAUGACCGAUCAUAUGUUGCAUUGCUGUCACCAAAAACGGAAUUUCUCACAAGAAAUCUUUGGAUCGUCCUUUUAUAAAUAUUUAUGAUGGACUACAAAGACUAGAGCAAUUUAAUAUUGACUUUAACACGCUGAUCAUGUUCGCCGUUACCUUCAUGUUGAAGCUAUAGUAUAUUUGAGAGGAAAAUGUUUUUUUCAUGAAUGUUAUAUGCUCAUGCAUGUCCUCAUAUGUGCACAAAGAUGCAUCUAACUGGCAUGAGUUAACAUUUCAUCAAUGACUAAACUAAUCCUCAAGAACUGCCGUUUUGUUGUCAGAAAUACAGUGCUGACAUGUUGUCACUCCUAUUUGUUUCACAUCCUGUUCUGGUGUUGAAGCAGUGCUUUUAGACACGUUUCUCUCUCUCUUUGUCUUUUUCAAAUAGAAUGAACUGUUUUAAAGAAAAUUGAGCUGAUAUCCGUGACAUCUUCACCUUAAUACUUCAAACAUGUAAUACCUGUUCUGUCCAUAAAUGCUAUUUCAUGACCACUAUUGUAGAACUGCUAAUAUUCACUGUGUCAAAAAUAACUGGCAUGUUAAAUUGUAUCAAGUUUAUAUCCAGUUUGCAAAAAAUAUUUGCUGUUUUAUUAAACAAUGUAAGAAAUAAAUGAUUUCAUAUAUUA